AUGCGAGUCCUUUGCGUCGCCGAGAAACCUUCAAUAGCACGCUCUAUAAGUGAAAUCCUGUCAGGCGGAAGGUUUACCACAAGGCCUAGUCCGAACAAGUACAUCAAGAAUUUCGACUUUGACUACCCUCAGGCGCGAGCACAUUUCACGGUUACCUCCGUUUCCGGCCAUCUUCUCGCCCAUGACUUCCACGACACCCACCGGAAGUGGAACUCCUGCGAUCCGUUCGAACUAUUCGAUGCGCCAAUACAGGCCAAAGUGCCCGAUGACAAGAAGUCGAUCGAGAGGAACCUCAUGACUGAGGCAAGGGGCGCACAGAUGCUCAUGAUCUGGACGGACUGCGAUAGAGAAGGAGAGAAUAUAGGAGCGGAAAUUGCUCGAGUUUGCAGGAGCGCUAAUCGAAAUAUAACGGUAAAGAGGGCGAGGUUUAGCGCCAUCAUCGCACAGCAGAUACAUAAUGCAGCUCAACACCCGGCCGAACUUGACAUGGCGCAAGCAGAAGCGGUAGAUGCCCGCACUGUUCUCGACUUGCGAAUUGGCGCAGCGUUCACGAGAAUGCAGACACUGGCUCUUCAGGCAAGAUUCGGGGAUGCAUUAAGCGAGGGUGUCCAGUCAUACGGCCCUUGUCAGUUCCCGACUUUGGGCUUCGUCGUUGCACGGUAUAACCAGGUCCAGGCUUUCGUACCCGAGAUGUUCUGGUAUAUCUACUUGAGCUUGGUCUCUCCUCCAACUGGUACGUCGGGAGGGAAUAGAGAGACCGUCUUCACGUGGAAACGAGGACAUCUAUUCGAAGUCGAGGUCGUUCUCGCACUAUACGAGGGUGUCCUCGAGAAUCCAAUGGCUCGGAUCAGGAAGGUCACGAAGAAGGAGACCAAGAAAUGGAAGCCGCUGCCGUUGACGACAGUAGAACUUCAGAAAGCCGGAUCGAGGCUGCUGAAAUUAGCUCCCAAGAAAGUUCUGGACAUUGCAGAGAGACUGUACCAGCAAGGGUUCCUCUCCUAUCCACGUACUGAGACGGAUCAAUACGAUCCUCAAUUCGACUUCAUGUCCCUCAUACAGAAGCAGAUAGCUGACAACGCUUGGGGCAACUUUGCAAAUUCCCUUCAACAGGGCGGCUUCAAUCCUCCGAGGAGGGGCAAGAACAAUGACAAAGCACAUCCUCCGAUUCACCCUACUGCUCACGCGGGGAACCUCGUAGGGGACGAAAGGAAGGUAUAUGAAUUCAUCACCCGUCGCUUCCUGGCCUGUUGCUCCAAGGACGCUCUCGGCUCGGAGACUACCGUAGAUGUGGUCUGCGGGGGAGAGGAAUUUUCUGCCACAGGUGCAAUAGGCUUGAUCGUUCUGGAGCGCAAUUACCUCGAGGUUUAUCCAUACGACAAGUGGAACAGCAAGGAGAUACCGGAUUUCGUGGAAGGUCAGGAGAUCAUGCCGUCGAUUUGCGAAAUGCGAGAAGGUGAGACAACCAGGCCGUCCCUCCUCACGGAAGCGGAUCUGGUUACGUUGAUGGAUAAGAACGGCAUCGGCACGGAUGCGACAAUUGCCCAGCAUAUUCAGACGAUCAUCGACCGUGACUAUGUGAUAGAGCGGAUGGAAGGAUCAACGAAGUAUCUCGUACCAUCUACCCUCGGAAUCGGCCUGAUAGACGGGUACAAUGACAUUGGCUUCGAGCGAAGUCUCAGCAAACCUCAACUCCGACUAUAUGAAUUGAUUAUAUGCUUAUUUGUACACGGACCAUUCAAGACUGAACGCAGCAUGGUCCAAGUCUGUGAACGCACGAAAACCAAGAACGACAUGUUGGUCGAAAGUAUCGAGCAGUACAAGGAUAUGUUUAUCAAGGCCAAGAGGGAAUUUGACAAGGUCAUCGAAGUACGUCCUACUUUGGUAUUCCCGCCCGAUCGUGUUGACGGACAAUAUUAG